CGCGGGCGUGCGUCCGCGUGUGGGAGAUGAAUUGGAGUCACACGACUGGGUGUUUCCUUCCGAGUGGUUUUGAUUAGCAAUCCAUUAGGGGAGCGUGGAAACUUUUUUUUUUUUUUUUUUUUUUUUUUUUGGGGCUGAAAGGAUGAAAACUGAGUAAGUACACAGAACUUUGAACUUGAAGCGGAAUGAAACAAAUACAAGCAAAACCCUAGCAGUAACCAUGUCCACUCAAACCGUGCAUUCCCUUUUUAUGUGAAAAGCCGUGAAUGCUUACAGGAAAGUGGCAAUUUAAAACGGAAUGAAGGGAAGCAGUGAAGAACCAUGAAAGGCUGGAAGCAGGACUGGUCUAAAAGCGGAGGAGAAUGAGGAACUGCUCGGGCAAGCUGGCCUGCAUCCCGCGGUGCAACAGGCGCUUUUGGUUUUAACCUAUUGAGCUCUUCAGCGCUGUUUCCAGACUCCAGAUUUACUUUGGUAUUGUUUUCUCUUUUCCUGUAAAGUCUUUGCUGCGAGUUUAAGGAUGUUGUGAAAAUAAGGCAUCACCGGAAGCAAAAGUUUGGCAGCCUGGGGAUACGCUCAGGUUAUUAGUUACCACUAUUAUUAUUUUGAUGUCUUUUUUUAACCCAGGCCAGCCACUUUUCACUGUCAUCCAUGGAAGGGAUCUUAUUAACCGCCUCAGACUUUGGGGACGUAUGAUUCUUUGGCAUGAUCCUUCGGAAAGUUCUUAAGCGGGGAUGGAGCAAGCUUGAUUUAAAGACUGAUUUGUAUUUUUUCAUGCUGACCAAAAAGAGCUGCUAUGACUUUUCCGGCAACGUGGACGGGGGCCAAGUGAAGCUGAGCUGGUCAUGGUCUGUCGUCCAGUGUUCCCUUGUCGUCGGCGAUUUUGCCCCCGGCCCUUCUUGGUGGGCUUGGUGGUGGCAAUCUGUCUCUUCUACCAGACCCUGACACUCCGAGGGACGAGGAAGCUCACAGCCGCUGACCCUGGGGCUGCCCCAAACGCACCCACCAAAACCCAAGCAAGCAGAUGUAAGAAAGGACUCUCCCUGGACAAACAGUGCUUCCUUCUCCCCACUAAUGCGCAGGAAAUCGGAAAGAUCCAGAAAUCGAUAAAGAUACACUUUGGGAGCCAUGACAGAAGGGCCGUCCUCUACAGGCCUCCUUCCUACAGCAAGAUGGAGUUUCAGCUCCAUCAGCACGUCCUCACUCAGCAUCGCUACUCGGUCGUCAUCGCUGAAGAAAGGCUUGGUGCUGGUCUUGGGCCGGGGCUGCUAGAAAAAGGUGAUUUGGGCUCUUGGGAUCUGCUCAUUUGCCUGUCUUCUAGGAAAGCUGGUGGAAAACCUUGCAUAUCCAAGGAAGAAAUGUGCCAGUUAGGUUUACAUCAAAAGGUAAACAUAUUACCAGAAAUACAGCAUCAGCUUUGCAGUAAAGAAGGAUUAUGUCAAAUAAUUAGAAGAUUUCCAGAAUUGCGACUUGUGGUGAGCCCCUCUGUGUGUCUGGAUCAGAGCAUACAGUUAAAGCAGAGUACUCUGAGUGACCUUUUAAAAACAGUGAAGCCACAUAUGUGGAAACCAUGGGACUGGCAACGUGAACAGCUGAAUCAAACAACAGUCCUUGCUCCACAUGAAACAAUCUUUAGAGCUGAAGAACUGUCUGUGAUUCUUAAAGCAUAUGUGUUGGUGACAUCUUUAAGCCCUUUGCGUGCAUUCAUUCAUUCAACCGGCGCGGUUUGGAAUCCACCAAAGAAAAAACGCUUCACUGUCAAGUUGCAAACAUUUUUUGAGACAUUCCUGACAGCCAGUUCACCUCUUCAGGCUUUUGAUAAUAUGAAGGAAGCAAUUAGCAAACUCCUCCUAGCAGCUGAAGUAUUCAGUGAAACAUCUACUCUGGGACCAAAGGCCUUCAAUAGAUGCAGAUUAUGUUUUCAACUUUUAACUUUUGAUAUUGGUUACUACAAUUUCAGGUACCCUGUUGUGCUCCAGGUGCAUGAGCAUUUAAAUUUUCAAGAUGGUGAUAAUACGGAUUUUGAGGACCAAAACACAGAAGAAUUCCUUUUACAAGAUACUUUCAAUUUUCUCUUCUCUAAUGAAUCUUCACUUCCCAUGUUUUCUGAGAUAUUUCAGGGACUUUAUAUAUCAGGUGUUUUUAAGGACGAAAACUAUCAAAAGGAACCAAAUCAAUGCCUGUCUUUAGAGGAGAUGCACUCAAUUAUGACUUUCAUAAAGGAACUUGGGAGUUUGGGGCCAUUCCAACUGCUCUUCCCAUCUACUGCUCCUGGGAUUCAGUCUUUGAUGCGUGAAUUUUAUGAUAUGGCAAAUCCUAUAGGACAACCUGGUUCAGUCCUGACUCAGUACUGGUCUCUUUUAAAUGUAUUUGAACAAUUUCAGCUCCUGAAUAAAAACGCACAGCUACACCCACUGGAAUGGGCUUCUUUCACAGAGGAUGAGAACAUUGAAAAACCACAAGUGCCAUUUGAUGCAAUUGAAAAUAAAAAAGCUUCUGUUCCACGAAUUAUGAGUGAAACCAAAGAAGUUCAUUGUAGUAAUGAUGACACACAAUGUUAUAUCAAACAGAUCCUCACACAUCCACAUUUGGAACUGAAUCCUGAAUUUAACCCAAAGAUCAAAGAUUAUUACUCUGAAGUUCCAUUUGACGUGGUAACAGUGACAAUUGGAGCAGAGACUUCUAAUUGUCAGUGCAAGGUGUACCUGCACGAUCGGGCAGGAACAAGCUUUGCCAACUACCCUCUGGGCUUGGGAAUGAACAAAAUCUCAAUGUUUGUGGCAGAUGAGUCUCCAGCACAGGGUGAGACCCUGAUCACAUACAAGCUCACCAUCUACAGAGAAGAUCGUCCAAGUCUGCCCUUGUUUGAGGACUUCUCAGCAUGCGGGUUUGUGCAGGAUUGUGGUUUGCUGAUUCACCCAGAAGAAGCCUGUGGAUUACAGCCUAUUUCCUCUGACUACAUUGAAGCCAUUUCACAGCCUGAACUAAAGAUCUGUCCAUCUGGGGACACAAAAGGCCAAUGGAUCGUGCCUUGCCUUAGCUGUUCAGACAACAGGACCUGUGACUGGAGAGAGAUAACGUGGCAGCCUCAGAACUGCCAGUACAGCGUUCUAACUAAGCCUCAACUCCAGCGGUGCCUGGGGGGAAGGAAGAUUCUUUUCAUUGGAGAUUCAACCAAUAGAGGAAUAAUGUACUAUCUGAUCGAAAGACUAAAUGAAACCUUGCAAGAAUGGCAGAAGGUCCAUGGCACAAAAUUCUACCACAACGUCAAUGGUGGGAAGACUUUGGUCAGUUAUUCCUACUAUCCCCAGUUCUGGAUAAGCCCUUCAUUGAGACCAACAUUUGAAAAAGCACUUGAACAUCUCUUGCAAAGAUCACGUCCCCUGGAGAAUACAGGCCAGACCGUAUUGGUCGUUGGUGGUGUUCAGUGGCUUAAUUCCAAUCACCUACAAAUUAUUCACAAGGUUUUGAAGAGGGAAAAUUUACUCAAUAUCCUUGUGAUCAUCAAAACUUUGGGAAUUGGAUUUCAUCUCCCAGUGGAUGGACUGCAUUUCUUGACACAGAGUGAAGUUCAGAACUUAUGGAAAGAAAAUUUGAUUAUUCUGGAUGCUGCAAAGACAUAUGGCUAUGAAGUGGUUGACACAUUUACUAUAACGAUGGGGCGAUACAAAGAGUUUUUGCAGGGGACGUGUGGAUGUCAUUUCCAUGAGGUAGUGAAGUCAAACUUAUCCAAAGAAUAUCACUUUAUCAGAAUGAAACAAUCAAGAAAUCAUAUUGUGGGAAGAUAUUUCAGCAAUCAAAGCAAACGACAACAAGACUCUGUAACAAAUUCUCAAUCACCAUAUCAUGUCAGAGGUCCAGUUAAUCAGGUUUGCUCUGAAAUCCUUCUCAGCAGGAUGUGUGCAAGUAAAAGGACUGUGUAGACUCCCUGCAGGAGGACUGAACUUGGAAUUGGAAGCAGGCCACUCACCUGGACGUGGUCUAAGAACCAAAUCCUACACAUCACGGGUAUCUUGGAUUGACCACACACUCAUGCAUGCUGGCACACACAUAUACACCAAUGCACACAUGGCUUAAAAAAAAGUAAUAAUAACACUUUUCUUCCUACAGCUUUAUAAGGUCAAUAUAUGCACUUGACAAUCACUUGGUUUCAAGGGGAAAGCUAGAGCUUGAAAAAGGUUACUUGAAGUAUAAUCAUAAAUUGGAACCACUGUGGGCUAGGUAUUGCAUGAUGAUAAUAAGGAGAAAUAUAGACACUUGAAUUAUGUGGACAAAAAGGAUAAUGCUCUUGAGUAUUGUGUUAUCUUCUCUAUCGGUACAUUAAUACUGAAGAGGGGAAAAAAGCAGUUACAUUCCAUUUGCAAGUAGGGAUUGUGCUUGUGUUUUUUACCAGGAGAAAGAGUGAUGUGUACGAUAGCUUAGACUUUGUAAUCUAAUGCUUAGGAAAAACAUUUCUUCCUAUACUUUUUAAAUUUUACAAUUGAAAGGAAAAGAACAGGAAUGCCACACAGGGAAUUCGGAGGGCUUCUAGGAGAGACAUAGGAAGUGUAGUAAUUUACAGUUAAAA